CUCAGUCUCAAAAGAAGUAUCUUACUGAUCUUGAGAUAGAGCGCGAAGAUCGUUGUAGUGAGAUUAUGGAUUUGGUUUGUCAGUGUAUUUUCGAUCGAGGAGAAGUCUGAAAUUGAAAUUCAUGUUUUGGCUGAACCUCCGUACGAGACCUUUUCUGACCAAGAUGAAUCACAACAAUAACGCUACCGUCAUGUAAAAAGCGGAUCAUUCCUUGAGCCUUGCUCGUCUUGCGAUGUCGACGCACCUACGUCGUUUUUGGAGAGGUGACUGUAGGUCUAAGUGAAUCUGGAUGCACGGCAUUGGAAGUCCGGUAAUACGCCUCUAAAUAGUGCUGGAAAACCAGUUUUGGAAAACGAAGACCGGUUUGGCUACGCAAUCAGAUUCGUAGUAGACGCUGCUGGUAGAAGAACAAAGUGUACUAUUGUACUGGGAAAAAACGUGCUAGCCUUCUCUUUGGAUUGGCUACGCGAUAGUGCUCCCACAAUAAGUAGAUUCUCUUUGGAUUGGCUUCCGCAAAGUAGACUCCCUGAAAACCUCUACGUCGACAAAAGUACAAAUUUACUUGUGCACAUACUAGUGCUGAUGCAGUUGAUCUGCAGCUAGUAGCGGAGGAGCAGCGAUUGGCGCCAGCAUACUAGCAGUAGAAAAAGCGCAACGCGUGGUCUAGAAGAGGAGUCGGUUUCUCUGCGCAAUGGAACUGGGAGACUCCCUGUUCUCGGCGAUGUAUGAUCUGUGACGCCAUCGAGUGCCAUCAUCAACAGGCCAGCGAGUGGCGUCAUCAACGACUGAAUAAACGACGCACACCUGGGUGCCAAGUAGUCGGACGGGCAUUUUUCGGGAAAGAUACUAGACAGAGACACCAGACAAAUGCGUGAAGGCGUAUCAGUAAUCCUCGUCUCAAACGACUUUGGAGUAGUUUAGUCACAACUUCUGGAGUGCAGUAGAGCGGCAGGCAGAGGAGCGUCUAUCUCUCACCCAGACCACACCCCUGAGAGAAAGAUGGCACAGUCAAAGCAAAGACACCGCGCAGACGAGUAUGACUACCUGUUCAAAGUCGUUUUGAUCGGAGAUUCAGAAGUGGGAAAGAGCAACUUACUGCUCAGGUAUCUGCUUCAUCUUGACGAUGAGUGAUCAUCUUUAGUCUGAAUUUACUACUACUACUAUCGACUUCCCCUCUGCGGAAAUGGGUUUGGGAGGAUCGUUGUGCCAUGGUGUUCUGCUGCUUCUCCCGUGGAGUUCCAUCACCCGCGGGGGGGGGGUCGAGACGUGCUCUACAGACGUGCCGCCAAGUCAGGAAGCAGGGCGGGCGACCCAAUCCUGAUAGCAGCUUACCUUUUAGCCUUAGCAGCAGACGGGGAAGCUUCGCCGAAUGGAUUGGGCACCCCAGAUGAAGCCUUGCCCUUCUUUCCGAGGGGAUUAUCCUGCGACGCUAAAGCGGCUGCCAACCGAAGAACGGCCAGGGGCAGGAGCAUACCUAGGCAGGGGCGCGCGGGAACCUUCCCAAACUCUGCGAGGGUCUUGGGGCCGGCGGGCUAGCCGUGGGCCUCGCUGUUGUUAUCGGAAGUGACUCGGCAAAACCUCGCGCGCGUCCCCACCGCUAUACUGGGCGGCGUCUACAGUCCAGAAAUUAGAAGGGCGGCGGAGUCUUUUUGGAAGAAAGUCGAGAGACUGCGCCUCCGCAGGCUCUGCGCAGAGAAAAGGCCAGCGAGGUGGGGCGACCUCUUAGAGCGAUGCAGCAGGCCGCGCGGCAGUUCAGGAACGACUGGCGAGAAAAAUGGCGCGCGCAGGACGAGAGCCCCCACAGAUGCGGACCGGGCGAAGAGCUGGCAGAUGCAAGUAGAUAGCCACCAACUCGGUGCCGCAGCAAAGCAGAUCCUGAGGAGCCCGCGCAGCUGUGGACCCCGGUGACUAUGCUGGGGGCCCCAAUGUGCCCGGAACUCCCGGCAGACGCAAGGAGGCGGCCCGGCCUUGGGCCUUAGAAGUGGCACGGGGCUCGUGUGCUCUCCUUUCUGACGCAGUACGGGAAAGGGGUGACCUCGGCGAAGGCGCUCUCAUUCAUCCAGGAAACCUGGGCAGAGUUGAAGACGCUAGCAACGUCGCACCGGGUGGCCAGCCUCUUGAUUUUGCAGGCGGCACGCGUAGAGCCUUACGCCCUUGCACUUCUUGCACAACAGCAAGGCAGUGGAGAAAGGAACUGCAGUAACUGGGUGCGCAUGUGAAUAGCCCUCCCGCUUAAAGCUGUCGAGAGCACCCGCGAGGCCUCGACGAUGGUCGCGCUGUGACUCAGCAAGUAGACCCGAGCCCCCCGCGCGCUGCGUUUUGGCUGGGGGCCUUGUCUGUUGUGUAGUGUCGAGGAAGUGCGGAGCGAGCGCAUUUGCUUCGGAUGUUGUGGGCGCGGCGCUGGGACUCGAACCGCCGCCCCCUGCUGGAGGCUUCUGACUGAUGCGCCUGAAGGCGCCGCGAGUGGGGUGCUGUCUGUGGCGCCUAUGUAUCCGCUCGCGCUUUCACUGAGUCCGGUGGAAGCUUGUGCCGCGCCGGACGGAGGAAGGAAGCCCCAGAAGGAGCACAAAGAGAGGAAGGCGCGAAAUAUUGGCCACGCUGGAGCCUUGCCUUGGUCGAGUGCAGGGGGCGCCUCGAUGACAUGGGCGAAGACUGACGGGUGGGGGAGACUCGACACCUGGACGAACGACCAAGGGGAGCGCCUGGGGCAGGAAGCUGCCGCCGGAAAAAGCUGAGGCAGCUGCAGAGGCCCCCCAGGUAUCCGCAGCGCUUCAUGCACGGGCUGGCGCCCAGUGCGUUGACCACGGUGGGCGUUUGACUGGGUGACUUGGAUCUUUUCCAGCGUCGAGGCUGAGGAGUGGAAGAGGUUUGCCUGUGGGUCUUCACAGGUCCGCGGGGAACGCCUCAGCGAGCGAGCUUCUUGGGGCGCAGGCUGUGGCUGCUCUAUUUUUAGUUAAGAGGCCGCGAAUUCGGCGGAGUAUGCUGCGGCCCUUAUAUGCCGCGCCGUGUUUUGGCGAGGGGGUGUAGUUUUUAUUUCUAUAGUGGCGCGCAUCUGUCUGCAUAGAAUGGCGGCGCUUAUCUGUCUACGGUAAUUCUUAACACAUUGGAAGGCCAGGGCGUCGCGAUCUUGAUGCAUUCCUGCUGAAGUCAUUGGCAGCCAGAGCGUCGCCGAGUGAAAUACAGGACGCAGAUGGCCUGGGGUUCGGAGAUAAUGCACAGACAGCGACACGCUGGGGGGCCUCAGUCUAAUCACUUGGGUGCAACAGCAACAGAGGGAAGAGCGAGGCGCACAGGAGACGCAGACAGGGCGCCUGGCCAAGUGCAGAAAGCUGGGGCGCUUGCUUCUUUGCCCAGCUAGGGGCGCCUGGCCUAGCUGAUUGGGCAAAAGUGGGCAGAAGGAAAGUGCUGUAUAGCCGCGGCUGGCUUGUAGGUUGCGGCAGGCUGGUCGUGGGCGCGUGCUUAUUUGUUGGGAGGUCGGCCAGACAAAGAUGGGCUGCUUUUUUAUUGUUCUUCUGUCUAUUGUCUUUGUCGGGUGUGUCGUGUGUCGCGUUGCGUGUGUUUUUGCUUCGGUUUUGUUCUUUAUUAACUUCCAAACUUUUGAUUUUGAUCGAGAAACUCGAGAACAUAUUCUGUAUCUCUCUUCAUUGUCCUCGCUUUCUCUUUCUCUCUCUGAGGUUCACAAGGGAUGAGUUUAAUCUGGAGUCACGGUCAACGAUAGGAGUUGAAUUUGCCUCAAAAGCAGUGAAGCUUAACGAUGGCAAAAUAGCAAAAGCGCAGGUCUGGGAUACAGCAGGACAGGAGCGAUAUCGCGCAAUAACGAGUGCCUACUAUAGAGGGGCCCUGGGGGCAUUGCUAGUGUACUACAAUUCUUGAAAGUCCUUGUCGUCCCGUUGUCCGAUGUUGUAGUGGUCACUGACACUCAUACAUACAUGAUACACCUUUUAACGUCAUAGCUACACUUUGUUCCCUAGCAAUUUCUGGACAACUUGUAAACCUAGACUUUCAGGUACGACGUGGCAAAGAGGACAUCGUUCGAGGCAAUAGAAAGAUGGCUAAUGGAACUGAAGGACCAUGCGGAUGCCAACAUACAGACGCUUCUCGUAGGAAACAAGUCGGAUUUGAUACACCUACGGACAGUUUCGUCAGAGGUAGUAGUUUACCAAAAAUAGAGUCUCUAUGUUGAUUUAGAUUCCUCAGAAAAGUAUGCAUGCUAGUGGACCCAACAAGAACAGCAGCAACCUCGUCUGAACUACAGCGUGCAGUCAUCAAAAUUUGCAUCAAUCAAUCUCCAAUUUAUUACCUUGAUCUUAGAUUUAUUACUGCAGAGCCGCGGACCUUGAACCUUGAACCUUUAUUACCUUAAUCUUCUUCUUCUUCUCCUUUACUCACAGGAGGGCAACCUACUAGCCGAGAAGCAUGGGAUGUCGUAUAUAGAGACCUCGGCAUUAGAUUCGACGAACGUUGAAGAAGCUUUUCACCAGAUUUUGGAUAAGAUCUAUCAAGAAAUGCAUAGAAAUGCGGCAGCUGAUGAUAGAAGGCAAGGAGCGAUGGACGAACCCGUUCCACUCACUGCCGCACACCCCUCAAAUGUACCAAUGGGGGGAACGGGUGGGUGUUGUUAGCACAUGUCUGCAGUGCUGACGCGUUUUUUACCUUUAGGUUUUAUUCACACAGCUGUGUAUGUUAAGUACCUGAAAAUCUAUUUUAUCUACUAUGACUUCCGUGUCGACGUUUGGUUGGACGAAGAUGUCCCUUGGAUUUAGAGCGUAGUUUGAUUUUCCCAUGACCAUCUUCACAUUCAUUAUCAUUGGCAACAAAAUGGCGAUGCUUGCUCUGCAGAUGAGGGAGCAUGGGUUAGAAUUGAAAUUUCAAGCCUCCAGAAGGCAUCGAUGAAAAGAUACUAUGUAU